CGGAUUUGACGCUCGUUUCGUUUGACGUUACGUUGCAUUUUGCUUUGGAUAUUUCGUCGGCAUUUUCUUAUGAAAUAUUGUUUUUGUGUUUAAUUAAAUAAACAAAAGCGAGUAUGAAUCGUAGGAGGGGUCAUGGAGAUGAAGAUGGAGACGGUUACGAUCGCCUUCACCGUAAAAGACGUCGUGUAUCAGAGAACCAGGAGAUAGAGGAUAGAUUAGAGUCCCUUAUUUUAAGGGUCGGAGAGAAAAGCAGUUCUAGUUUAGAGAGUAAUCUAGAAGGUUUGGCGAGCGUUCUAGAAGCGGAUUUGAACACUUUCCGCGUGAAAAUCCUACGUAUCCUGACCGAAUGCGCUAUCCGUAUGCCAGAGAAAUGUACCAUUUACGCUACUCUCGUUGGUCUUCUUAAUGCAAAGAACUAUAACUUUGGUGGUGAAUUUGUAGACUAUAUAGUCAAGACAUUCAAAGAAAACCUGAAGGCGGGUAAAUGGAACGCCGCUAGAUAUUGUUUGAGGUUCAUAUCAGACUUGGUCAACUGUCACGUGUUGGCUGCAUCAUCCUUAUUAACCUUAUUGGAGACGUUAGUAGACUGCGCCAAUGAGGAUGGAGUACCGCAAGUCAGGAGAGACUGGUUUGUGUUUGCGGUGCUCUCCGCAUUGCCUUGGGUGGGUCGGGAGCUUUACGAGAAGAAAGAAUCUCAGCUUGAUCAUCUACUCGUCACCAUUGAAGUGUUCUUGAAUAAGAGGAGUAAGAAACACUGGCCAGCCCUUAAAGUAUGGUCUGCAGACUCACCACAUCUUCAAGAGGAGUAUCUGGAUUGCCUCUGGGCGCAGAUUAAGAAGUUGAGGCAGGACAAUUGGUCAGAGAAGCAUAUUCCUCGCCCAUAUCUGGCCUUUGAUUCUAUUUUGUGUGAAGCCUUGCAACAUACACUGCCAGCAAUCCAGCCACCACCCCACAACGACGGCGACUCCUACCCAAUGCCCCGCGUAGUCUUCCGUAUGUUUGACUACACCGACUGCCCAGACGGCCCCGUCCUCCCUGGAGCGCACUCCAUCGAGCGCUUCCUCAUCGAGGAACACCUCCACAACAUCAUCGAAGCGUACCACUUAGAACGCAAAGAAUGCGCUGCUCAACUACUCUGCUUCCCGUACAAGGGAAAGAUACCCUUAGAGUACUGUAUAGUAGAGGUGAUUUUCGCUGAGCUGUUCAACCUGCCUCGGCCGAGAUAUUUGGAGAUCUGUUAUGGGACGAUAUUGAUUGAGCUGUGUAAGCUGCAGCCGUCGACGAUGCCGCAGGUGCUGGCGCAGGCUACUGAGAUAUUGUUCCUGAGGAUUGAUACUAUGAAUGUGGCUAGUUUUGACAGAUUCGUCAACUGGUUCGCAUACCACCUGAGCAACUUCCAAUACCGCUGGUCGUGGGACGACUGGGAGGCGUGCACCCAGCUCGAGCCCGACCACCCCAAGCCGCGCUUCGUGCGAGAAGUACUCGCCAAGUGCCUGAGGUUGUCAUAUCAGCAGAGAUUGAAAGAUAUGAUGCCCGAAGCGUUCGCGUCGUUUGUGCCGCUCAAGCCGGAGCCCAUCUACAAAUACUCUAUGGAGGGAGCUGCAUCUCUCCCCGGCACCGAGGCAGCCCACCAGCUGGUAGUCUGCGUCCGCAACAAGUGCACCCCCGAAGAAGCCCUAAAUGUUCUCCGGGAUCUCCCGAACCCCCUACGAGAGGGCGACCAGCCCUCGGCAGCGCAGGCCGCGCCACACAACCCGCUCAAGAUCGACGUGUUUGUCCAGACACUACUUAACUUGGGCAGCAAGAGCAUUUCUCAUAGCUUUGCUGCUAUAUCGAAGUUUCAUUACGUUUUUAAGAUCCUCGCCGAAUCCGAAGAGGCCCAAAUCUGCAUCCUCCGCAACGUGUGGGAGCUCUGGCAGCGCCACCCUCAAAUGGUCUGCGUGCUGGUGGACAAGAUGUUAAAGACUCAGAUCGUUGAGUGUAGCGCCGUGGCCACGUGGCUGUUCUCAAAGGAGAUGGCGCCAUACUUCACGGGCGCGCAGCUGUGGGAGAUCUUGCAUCUUACUAUUGACAAGAUGAAUAAGCACGUCUCCAAACUCAGUCGCGAACUGCAGGAAGCUCGCGCGGAGCUGGCGAGGGCUGACUCCUCAAGCUCGGACUCUGAAGACGAGGGCACCAGCAAGAAGAAGAAAGAUCAGGACAAGCCCACUGAAGAGGCAGUUGAGCGCAUGGAAGAGCGUCUAGAGGCGGCGCACAUGGACCAGAAGCGUCUGUUCCUGAUCGUGUUCCAGCGCUUCAUCAUGAUCCUGUCCGAGCACCUCGUGCGCUGCGACACCGACGCGCGCGACCCCAACACGGGCUGGUACCGGAGCACCGUCGGCCGCCUCAGGCAGGUCUUCCUCGCUCACCACGAGCAAGUGCAGAAGUACAGCAGCACGCUGGAGACGCUGCUGUUCACGCAGGACCUCGACCCCCACAUCCUCGACGUGUUCCACCAGUUCCUCGCGCUCACGGCUUAGACUAGGUUAGAAAUCGUGGAUUUGUACCUAAAGUGGGCUACU